AUGCUCCGAGCAGUAGCCUGCGCCCACCGGUCCCUGCCGCACUCCAGCAGUGGGUUCUUUGUGAGAAUGCACAGCAGUGGAGCAGCCCAGAGCAGAGUCCUGGCUAGGCGGGUGGCUGUGCUCACAGGGUCCACUGUCGGGAUUGGCUUUGCCAACACCCGACGGCUGGCCAAGGAUGGAGCCCACGUGGUCAUCAGCAGCCGGAAACAGCAGAAUGUGGACCGGGCAGUGGGCAUGCUGCAGGAGGAAGGGCCGAGUGUGGCUGGCACAGUGUGCCAUGUGAGGAAGGCUGAGGAUCGGCAUCGGCUAGUGGCCAAGAUCCUGCUGCUGAGUCAGUCGGCUGCUGCCCCAUAUGGAGAAGGGAGGGUAAGGAUGCAGGGAAUGCUGCUGUCAUCUUGGUCUCGUCCAUCUCGGCUUACUUUCUUUCCACUUGUGGAGCUGGGUGCCUACAAUGUCAGCAAAACAGCCCUGCUGGGUCUCACUAGGACACUGGCCCUGGAGUUGGCUCCCAAGAACAUUCGGGUAAAUUGUCUGAUUCCAGGAGUUAUUAAGACUGACUUCAGCAAAGCAUUCUAGAGCAACAAGGCUGUCUGGAACCCUAAGGAGAGUUACCAGCUACAGAGGAUUGGGCAGCCUGAAGACUGCGCGGGACUUGUGUCCUUCCUGUGCGCGGCCGACGCCAGCUACAUCACUGGGGAGAACAUCGUGGUGGCUGGUUGUUCCUCUCAGCUCUGAGAGGCUGGGAGGGCUGGUCACCUGAGGGGAGCGGCAUCCAAGGAGAGCAUCGGCAGCUGGGUUAGGCUAACAGUUUGGGGCUCACUUAUGCUAGGCUGGAGGACAAAGAAAACUCAUCAGCAUUCUCAUUUCAGGAUUCUCCACAGGCCCACUCUAGAUUUGACUGACCUCACCAACACCCGAGGCUCUUGGUAUGGGGCUGUGGGCAGGGCUGUAAUGGGCUUGGCAUUCUGGAAGAAUCUUAAGGGAAAGGAGUCGCAG